CAAAUGCCAAUUCAAUUCACUCACACGCCGUGGUUUCCCGCAGCCUGUUUUAUCCUCGAGACAUUAUACCGCGAUCCGAGUAAACUCCUCGCGCUAUUAGAGCCCUAAUCACAAAUAUGGGUGCAGGAAGUAGUGCCGCUGGUCCCUCUCGAAUCAUCAAACUGCCAGAUGGACUGGACGACGUCAGUGAUUCCGAGAUAGGAUCUGGUUCUUCCACAUCUAUCGACUCAGAAAAUCCAACAGAAGAUGAAAAAGCCAAGAAUAAGUUCACUGUUGAGUAUUUCACUGAAGCGAGGCCUGACGGUGAAGGAGGCUGGCUCUAUAAUGUGAAGUGGUAUCGCUACAAGGACAAUGAGAAGAAUAACACAUGGGAACCUAGUUACAGUUUGAAGGCCUGUAGGUUAUUGAUGCGUAGUUUCUGGGAGCAUGUGGGGCGCGAAAGGUCUGACUCGUCGAUAUACCACGAGGACAACCCAAUUAUACCCACAGAUGAAUGGAAGCAGGAAUGCGCAAAAUUGCUGGUCGAGGCCCUCCAAACCAAGGGAAGAGCCCGAUACGGCCGAGAGCAUAGUGGGUUUACUCCAGAACCACCGGCUGAACGGAAGAAAAAGAAACGUGGCAGGGCAAGGAUGAUAAUUUCCGAUUCCGACUCUGGUGGUGCUCGAUCGGGCCCAGCGAAGGGAAAAUCCAAAGGGAAAAGCAGGGCUUCCAUACAAGAUAGCGCUCAGGCACGGAAAUAUCAACCUCAUCCCAAAAAGCGCGGGCUUGGGUCUUCGUCUGGAAGCGGCGGAGAGUCCUUUCAAGGUGGCGCGCGAAUUGCGAAGAAACCGCCCAAAAAGAAGGCAAAAACAAAAGCUGGGUCUCCUGGCCCAUCGCGGGACGGCACUGCGAACUCCGCCAUGCCGUUGACUAAAACUGCAUUACAGCCCCUUCCGAACCUUAUUACGAAGCGUCAACGUGCCGAUUCUGAGUCCUCUGAAGAGGUUCCCCUGACUACAAUGGUACCAGCAACGUCCGAACAGCUCAUCCAGGACAGACGUGAUUCCGCACGGUCACAGUCUGCGGCAUCGAGUAAGUCAACCCCUGUUCCACGGGUCAUAUCUCUUCCCAGAGAAGCCACGGGUCCUGCAAUUCCAUCAUCAUCUCCGCCUCCAAAGAUCGUUAAGACUUCGAAUGAAAUCCAAAUGAGACAAUCUUUGGACCCACCCCCUUCCCCUCCCGGCACCGUUCCUGCGUCGACCCCCAGCCUUCCUGUAGCACCCCUCCCUCCCCCGGCCGGGCAAGCCGCAACCCCUACGGCAGUGACUCACAAUACACCCGCCGCCCCUGCUAUACCCAUUCAACCAGCGGUGACCCUUAAUCAGAAAGUCGACAAACAUCGAGGUUCGCAAAUCAAGCUCGUACCCACUCGAUUCCAUCCUGUCUCAUCCCUGACCACGAAGGCAUCAAUAGCGGGAGUGCUCAGCCCCGCUCUAUCCGUGACAACAGCAAAUAGUACCAAUGUACCAGCUAUUGACCCACAGGUUUCGCCUACCCCGGAAGAUGCUGCCAACACAACCACCAAUCCACUCAGUGAACUUGUGCCAUUGCGGCCAUUGCCCUCUCUGAGUAUAUUGAACGAUAACUCAAAAGACGAUUAUAGGGUCGUGGAUUCACCUGUGACUCUUUCUCCUACCAGCAGUAUUGAAACUCCUCUUAGUGCUUCAAUGAAGAAGUUCCCAUCCAACAGAACGCGAAAGAGCGCUAUGGAUGUCGUGGACGAAGCUAGCAAGUCCUUCGGAGCGCCUCGAGUAUACCCGCCUUACCCUUAACCCCUCUUGCUCCAAUACCAGAACCGAAACCCGCACCCAAAUUACAGAAAAAAUGGGAAGGAGAGCUUAUCGUAUCCGACAGUGU